AUGCGGAGCAGAAGUACUCUUUGGGGGCGAGAGGUCAACGGUUUUAUGGGUCUACAAGCAAACGCAAACCCCCCUCGUGGCUCCGCAGCUGUGGCCACACGACACAACAGGCAAGUGGAGAGAAAGGCACACUCGAAAGGUGGGAUUCACACAUUUCCGACGGUCGUCGGCUCCACCGGCUGUACCUUUCAACCGCAGAAGCUCAAGCCUGCGAACUUGACGAGCGGAGUCGGGCCUGAAAUGUCCUUUCCGGUCGAGGCACGCACGUGCAAAUGA